AACGUGUUUUUAGAUUUUUUAGAUUUUUUUGACAAAAUUUUCAAAAGUAUAAAAAAUAAGACGGCCGUCAAAGGUUUCGGUGAUCGGAAAUUACAAUGGGAGGAGGAGGAGCCAUUAACGAAGAGCUGACCGAAGAUGAGAAGAGAGCUCUCAGAGGAAGCAAAUUCGCUCCUCUUACUUCUCUUCCCUCUUCUUCUCGCUCUAAUCCUCUCCCCAGAUUGGCUCAUCCAGGUGGACCCUUGAAGACGAACAAAGCGGCGGCUUUAGCCAAGUUUAUAGAGAGGAAGCUGCAAGAUCCUAAUGGGUUAGCUUCCAUUGAUCCGGACCUUCUCGAGUUAGCCGUCAAAAACGCCAAAGAAACUGUUAUUUCGAGUGGGGCGUCUAGUUCAGGAAGGAGAAUCCAACACGUUGCCUCAUUCGAGGACGUCGAGGUAUCUUCUGAUGACGAUAAGAUAGAGAACACUAAGCUUAGCAAAAAGAAAAAGAAGAAAAACGCAAAGAAGAAAAAAGAUGAGAAAAAGAAGAAGAAAAACAAAAAGCAUAAGGGACAGAUCACAGUCGAUGAAGAUGCUAAGUUAAAGAGACCCAAGAAGAAGUUGAAGCUUUAGUUUCCUUUUUUUGGCUAUACGUUACUGGGUGGUUUAGUUAAGUCUUCAGCAGAACAAACGCAAUCACUGGUAUCUGUCUGAUCCAAAGAAUCUGUUAGUCCGAUGGUUUUAGCUAAGAUUAGCGUCAUGAUCUUUCUUCUUUAUGUCGAUUAGCUCUCCCCAGCGUUAUUUGGUUAAAUCUGUGACUGGAGUUGUAUGUGAUAUUAGAAACAAAUAGCUUCAUGAAUCUGAAAUUUGUAACUUUUUGGUGGGAACAUCAAUUGCUUGUGUCGUUAGCCUUUUAGAUCAUAGUUAUGAGACCAGUUCCAAUUAGUAAUGAUCUCCAUAAGUUCAUUGUAUGAACAUUUUAUCUAA